CCGCGGAGGCCUAGGGGUGAGAGGGCAGCCAGGGUUAGAGAUUUGGAGGAGCCAGGGGCCACGAGGACGCACGUGUCCGCAUCCCUUUCUUGGUGCCCUUUAUCCCUAGGGUUUGAUAGCAGCGGGGAUAGCCCGGGGCCCCGUGCAUGGCCACAGAGUUACAGCGUCCGGACUCCAUGCCCUGUCACAAUCGGCAAGUAAACUCUACUUCUAGCCCAAGUCCCGACCAUCUGCUAGCUGAGGACCGGGUCCUGGAUCAUGCAGAGGAAAAUAACGCUGCUAUGGCUAAGCUGACUCUCCUCCCUGGGCACGCCCAUUCUAGCGUGCUUUCGGAGCGGGACUCUCCGGCCUGCUGCAGCACUGAUCUUCACUCUGAGAACCACAGUGACAGUAGUGACAGUGGCAACUACGAUGCACCUGUCUGCGGCGACUCCCUGCUAGGGGACUGUGAACUCUCCCGACAGAUUGGGGCUCAGCUUAAGUUGCUGCCUAUGAAUGAUCAGAUCCGGGAGCUUCAGACUAUCAUCCGGGACAAGACAGCCAGUAGAGGGGACUUUAUGUUUUCUGCAGAUCGCUUGAUCAGACUUGUUGUAGAAGAAGGAUUGAAUCAGCUGCCAUAUGAAGAAUGUAUGGUGACCACUCCCACAGGGCACAAGUAUGAAGGAGUGAAAUUUGAGAAAGGAAAUUGUGGGGUCAGCAUAAUGAGAAGCGGUGAGGCAAUGGAACAAGGCUUGCGAGACUGCUGUCGAUCCAUACGGAUCGGGAAGAUCCUGAUUCAGAGUGACGAGGAGACACAAAGGGCCAAAGUAUAUUAUGCCAAGUUCCCCCCAGACAUUCAUCGCAGAAAAGUCCUUCUGAUGUAUCCGAUUCUCAGUACUGGAAAUACUGUAAUUGAAGCUGUAAAGGUUCUUAUAGAACAUGGAGUUCAACCCAGUGUUAUUAUCCUACUCAGUCUCUUCUCCACCCCACAUGGUGCCAAAUCAAUCAUUCAAGAAUUUCCAGAGAUCACCAUUUUAACUACUGAAGUUCAUCCUGUUGCACCUACACAUUUUGGACAGAAAUACUUUGGAACAGACUAAGUUAUUAAAGGAAAAUUAAGUACCUUGCAUAAUAUUAUGGUUAUAAAUGGAUUCCAUAUCUGUUUUUACUAAUUUGUUUGAGAAAUAAUGGAGAAAAUAUGUUAGGAAUGCCUUUUAACAUUGGAAGUAGGUGUAGCAACAAGAAAUAUUGGAAGUUUAUUUAUUUGAUUUGAUCAUUUCUUCACAUGUGGUACCAAAUUCAGCGAUGAAGCACAAUCUCAGUGCUUGGUUCAGAAGUUGCUUGCAGCUGCAAAGAAAACCCAAAUGAGAGUUAGUUCUUUGGUACACUGCAGGUUUACAUUUUCCUUACUGUUCUUUAGCUCUAGAGUGUUUCCCUAUAUGUGGGGUCUUG